GGGCAUUUUUUUUCUUGCGUAGCUAGUCAGUGACUGCGAUUUUGGGCGCCAAGGCGCCAGAUCUGUGCUAGGGUUAUGCUGGUAGUGGAUCUAAGGAUCUGAGCUCUGGGAGCCGGCGCCAUGAGGAAGCAGUGGAUUUUGAUCGCGCUCGUGAUGGCGUCGCUGCUUGAGUGGGCUCAAGGCUGGCGAAAAGCACAGAUUUCUAUGGAUGAGGCCAUGAAUUCCACCGGGGCCUUGAUUCAAGCACCGGGGAUUUUCAGCGGGUAUGGUUUGCUCGACGCUGUGUUCUCGAGCUUUUCUAUGAUAAUUGUCAGCGAGAUUGGAGACGAGACUUUCAUCAUCGCAGCUCUAAUGGCGAUGAGGCAUCCGCGAGCCAUAGUUCUUUCUGGAGCUCUCACCGCGCUUGCUCUCAUGACUGUUUUCUCCACCGUUCUUGGAAGAAUAGUUCCCAAUCUUAUCUCGCGAAGGCACGUCAAUAGUUUUGCCACUGUGUUGUAUACUUUCUUUGGAUUGCGGCUAUUGUAUAUAGCGUGGAAGUCGGGCGUCACCGAGAAACAAAACGAGCUCGGAGAGGUCGAAGAGAAACUGGAAGGCAGCACGCAUGGAAAGUCAAGAGUCCGACAAUUUUUCACGAGGUUUUGCACUCCAAUCUUUUUGGAGUCGUUCAUCCUCACGUUUUUGGCGGAAUGGGGAGAUAGAAGCCAGAUCGCAACGAUUGCACUUGCUGCUCACAAAAACGCUGUGGGAGUUACACUGGGAGCGAUCGUUGGACACACCGUGUGUACGAGCAUUGCCGUCGUUGGCGGUCGAAUUCUCGCCAUGAGAAUAUCACAGAGAACCGUGGCGCUCAUUGGAGGUCUAUUGUUUCUGGGAUUUGCUAUGAGCUCUUACUUCUAUCCUGCCUUGUAGCACGAUCUCUACCGUUAAUUGACAAACGCCACUUUGACGGCCUCGAUUC